AUGGCGGCAAAGAGCUCCAACCCGCUCAUUUCCAACCAGAAGAGCUCCCAGGUGCAGGCCGUCCUCCAUCCACUCGUCCUGCUUACCAUUUCCGACUACAUCACACGGCACACUCUCCGACAACAAAAGGGCCCUAUAGUUGGUGCCCUGCUUGGCCAGCAAAAUGGCCGCGAGAUCACAAUCGAACAUGCCUUCGAGUGUCAUGUGCGAGAAGCGCCCGAGGUUGAAGGCGGCUAUCUGCUAGAUGCCUCCAAGUUUGGGGCCAGAUUAGAGCAAAUGAAAACUGUACACAAAGAGCGACAAUUAGAUUUCGUGGGCUGGUACACCCUCCUACCACUCACAGGCCCGACACCCACAAUUCUCCCAAUCCAAACCCAGAUCCUCGAAGGAUGGAACGAGUCGGCCGUGCUUCUAGGCUUCCAUCCGGAUGAAGUGCUGAACCAUUCUGUAGGCGGCAAACUUCCCCUCACCAUUUACGAAAACAACUACGAAGUCGACGACCAAAAGGCUGCCAACCCCGAUGGCGAGGACAAGAGGAUGGAAGACGGCGAGGCUGCGCUGAAACUCAAGUUCAGCGAAGUGCCCUACUCUGUCGAGACCGACGAAACCGAAAUGAUAAGUAUGAACUACGUAGCCGCUGGCGGGGCCAACGCCACGGCUGCAUCUGCUCCAGCGUCGACUGUCGCCAAGGACGAGAAACAAGCUUGGUCCGUCGCGUCAACGAGCAAGGGCAAACGACGCCUUGUUGAGCCAAAGGCCUAUGAAACGGACACCAUAGACGAAACCGGCGUCUCUCAUCUCACUAGAGAAGAGGAGGAAAUGGUCGCUUCACUAACUACCAAAGCAAACGCCAUCAAGAUGCUCCAUUCACGGAUCCGCCUCCUCACCGCCUAUCUCGAGCGCCUGCCUCCUUCCGACGUCUCCGGCGAACAGCCAGACAGCGAAACCAUGGACACAGAUCACACCAUUCCAUCACUACCCAUUCUUCGACAGAUCCAGGCCCUCGUCAACCGGUUCGACCUUGUCAUCCCCUCAGAUGAGGAGGCCUUCAACAAGGAACUGCUCCAAGAAACAAACAACGCCAAUCUCGUCAACCUCCUAAGUAGCGUUAUGCAGGGCGUCCACGGUGCCAGGGACGUGGGGAAGAAGUUCCACGUUGUCGAGUCGGCCAAGAAGGUGGGGCGAAAGGGCAGGGCCGAGGGUUAUCUAGCCUCGCCGGGAUUCAAUAUGCCUGGCACGGGGGACCUUUUGAUAUAG